ACGUCAAGACGCACGCACCCCUCGCCGGUUGCCCCAGCCAGAAGCAGGGCCCAGAGACCCAAGGCCAUCAAGGUUCUCACCCACGAGCAGCUUGCCAUAACAUUUCGAUCCACUGCCACCUUCCACUCAUCCAGCUGUUCUCCCUCGACACUCAGACCACCGUCACCCGUCUGACUCGACCCAAGAAUCCAGACUGGCGAGCCCGGCACUGCUUCCGCUCAAUUCUCUCCGGCGCUCGUCCACAAAAACCCAUUCUUUCUCCGUCGGAUCGCCGUGCUCGCCGCUUAGAUUCGGGGCUGACCAAGCUUUCUCCCAUCCGGACCGGAGCCGCUCUCGUUCACUCAGAUCUCUCAGGUCUCUCAGGUCUCUCAGGUCUCCAUACUAGAACCCCAUACGGUAGCCGCUAGCCAGUCCCCUCCUCGCUACUACCAACACGGUCGGAUUAUCUUGCCGUACAGUAUUUGAUUUUCCAACUGCCUUCAGUCUCACACCACCAUCACGUCGCCUUGCUGUUUUUUUUUCUUUUCAUUUUUUCCUUGUUCUGGGCGACGAGGUGGAAAGACACCAAACAUUGGUGCGAGAUACCCCCGGAGCGACAGUCUCUUCAGCACUCUCUCUGAUUCUGAUAUCGAUGACGUUUCCCGGACUCCCCUGACUUUACCAAAUUCCGAAGCACGCUGCUAUGCGCCCUGACCAUUACGAUUGCCGGAGCGACAUGGACGGCCACUUCGGCCACCGGCCUGCAAAUCACAACCAGACUCAGAGCCAGACCCAGAGCCACAACCAUGGCCAUCACGGUUCUCUCGACCUCCGUUUUCAGUACUUGAUGGACUCUUCCCGUCAACGGCAUACACCGCUCUCCUCCGAUGCGACACACCAGAUAUCUCCUUCAACGGCAAACGAUGGCUCUCGCAUACCCACAAACACCACCGUCGGCUACGAAUCCCACGAUGAUCUAUGUGUUGAUCACUGCGAAGUCCUUGGCCUCUAUCAGGGUGGCUCUCAAUUCCCGAACCACCGUGGACUUACAGCCAAUUCACUCGGCCACUGGUCACGGCGAUACGUAAAUGGCCAGGAUGCUUUGCUUGAUACUCCUCAUGUCGACCUAUUCGCCCACAACCUACCAUCAAACGAUUUUAUGCCCAUGCAGCAAUUCGGUGCCUGGUCUCAAUGGCAGGGUCAUCAGAGCCAGCAAUCAAUGCAAGAGUGCGGAGAGGAUUGCCAGUCUAAUGCCGAGGACAGUUGCUGCGAUAGCGAGUGUGCCAUGACUGGCAAAUGCACUAACAUUGCGUGUGCCAACGGCGAGGACGUCUGCGUGGACCAAAGCUGCCCCGAACGUUCCAUGGCUUUCCCCUCCGAUCUUGUCGACGGCGCCGCCGCGCUCUUAUCCAUUAAUCAUGGGUCUGACAUGCUCACUCAGAGCUUCAACUUUAGCAGCAUGGGCGGCAUGAACAGUAUGUGUGGCAUGGGCAGUAUGGCGAAUUUGGGUAACAUGAACCAUAUGAACGACAUCGGCAGCAUGGGUAACAUGAACGGCAUGGGUGGCAUGAGCAACAUUAACAACAUGAAUGGCAUGAACAACCCCAAUCACUUAAAUAGCCUCAAUGGUCUUAACCAGAAUAACGAUCCCCAGAAUUAUCCCAACUGCCAUAUCCCUGUGUCUUUCAACGCCGCCCAGUUUGGUCAGUACAGCUCUGUGGCUAGCAAUUUUGAGGCAGGUCAAGCCUUGCAGCAAUGUGGGUUUGAGGCGAGUGAUCCCGAGGCGUAUAUCAGGCACUUCAACACACAACAUAGGCCAUAUUUCACGAAUACCGAGCCCAGCAAAAGCAACAACAGUAACGGCCAGCUCGCUUUACCUAACUUGAUCCCUGGCUCUGGAGGUGUGCGGAGUAGCAGAACAUUGGCAGCAACCGAAGCCUUAUCCUCGUCUCCAGCCACUCCUCUCGACACAUCUGAUUCGGGAGCAUCCAUGAACACGCCUUCUCCGCUAACACCGGUGUCGGAGGCAAAGACGCGGGCUCAAUCACCCUCCCAUACACGCAGCUCAUCCGCAGAUACGUCGGAAACCAGCUACAGUGACAACAUGGAUGGAGAUAAUGACGAACACAAGUGCCUAUGGCGGGAGGACAGUGGUAAGCUUUGUGCCCAAACUUUCACAGAGGCGGGGGAUCUAUUUGACCACGUUUCGAAUGUACAUAUCAAGCAUGCAUCCAAGGGGAAUUAUGGGUUUCUCUGCGCCUGGGACGACUGUCCCCGAAGCCACCCUGGCGUGCAUGGCUUCCCACAGAGGAGCAAGAUCGAGAGGCAUAUGCAAACGCAUAUUGGUCAUAAACCGCAUGUCUGCAAGAUUUGCCACAAAGGAUUCUCGGCAAAGCAGGCUUUGACUCAGCACAUGUACAUCCACUCUGAUCAAAAGCCGCUGGAAUGCAACAUCUGCUUCAAGACCUUCAGAUAUCCUAGUGCCCUCACAAUGCACAUGCGCGUCCAUUCAGGCGAGAAGCCGCUCCAAUGCCCCAUCUGCGGCAAGAAGUUCAGCGAAUCUUCAAACUUGUCCAAGCACAAGCGUACCCACGAGGUCAAGGGUCGUUUCAAUUGCAAUGUGCGCGGUUGCUGUCGCAACUUUCACCGCCAGGAUCAGCUCCGUCGUCACAUGAAGACGCACCAGAAGGAUGUCGUCGAUGGCCGAGUGGUAGACAUCUACACUAGCCAACUUCCGCUGCCCGCUGACUUUGAUUUCCCAUUGAAAGAAGGAUCAGCAGAUCCUACAGUAUUCAGAGAUGAGUCUGCUGAGAUUGGUGAUGAGGGGAGCCAUUGAGAAGCGACCACGAAAGCAGGAUCACAUCUUCUCGAGCUCCGGUGUUCCCGGCGUUUUAGUGAUUCUAAUCGGGCCUGUCCUUUGCAUGGUGUACUCAGGUCAGAUGUGGGUUGACAGGUGCUAAACUCUUCGGCUCACUUGAGCAAGGCGCAAUUGGCGAAUGGACUACAAAGCGGCGUGGAAAAGUUCCGUUUCGUUUGCUUUUUUUUUUUCCUUUUUUUGUUUUCUUUUUCUAUUUUCUUCUUCUUUUUCUUCUUCUUCACCUUCUCUUCGCUCUUUUGGCAUUGCCCUACUCAGGGGCUUUUAACACUGGAUUAUCUAGGAGGCUGUCAUGAGGUUUUGCUUCGGUUCAAAUCAAAUUUAGCUGGGCUGGUGGUAAAACUUACGACGAGCACAGAGGCAACGAGUGGAGUGGAGGAGGACGUGGCGUCCCUUGUACACUGCUGACUACAACCCUUGCGCAGGGCGUAAGGUGUAGUGUCGCGGUGACAAAGGAGGAAUGGGAUGGCAGUGAGUGAGUGGGAGAAGUUGAGAGAAAAGAUACCCCAAAACAACCAAUCGUUUCUCCCCUAUUUGUCAAGGAUUGUUGUUCUCUUCGGUGGCAUCGUCUUCGAACUCUUUGAAAACAUAUUGCUGAAAACGUGUUAUUCUUGAUGUGGUGCUUGACACUCGGAUACUAGUUCUUUACAUGAUCAAAUUCUUCAUGAUUGUAUGGAUCUUGACAGUCACAUAGAGAUACCACCCAGAUCACGACUUCAUAGCCCUGUUUGAUAGUACGGUGGGCACAAAGCCUCGGUAGUUUGACGCCGUUUUAAUUGACGUGGACAGAUUAGACAGCC